GCUAACUACUACUACUUGUAUUCUUCGAGCUUGCACUGCCAACCAUCGACAUCACGCAUCAAAGAAAGAAACAGUUGCAGGAGGCGGCGAUGAACGGCGGCAAUGCUGCUGCGGAGGCGAGGCAGGGCCCGGGCCGAGACAGGGGGAGGCAGUACAAGGGCGUGCGGAUGCGGAGCUGGGGCUCGUGGGUGUCGGAGAUCCGGGCGCCGAACCAGAAGACUCGGAUAUGGCUCGGCUCCUACUCCACCGCCGAGGCCGCCGCGCGCGCCUACGACGCCGCGCUGCUCUGCCUCAAGGGCUCCGCCGCCGACCUCAACUUCCCCGUGCACCUCCCCUUCCACAUCCCCGCCGCCGCCAUGUCGCCCAAGUCCAUCCAGCGCGUCGCCGCCGCCGCCGCCAAUGCCACCUGCAGCCCAUUGCAGGCCGGCGCCACCUCCUCCUACCCUGCCGCCGCGGCCAGCACCAACGCCACUCCGCCGGGCGGAUACGGCGACGCGUCGUCGGCCUUGAGCUCCCCGGAGAACGCGAGCACUGACCAGUACAACGAGAUGGAGCACGACGACAUGAUGAGGGACGUGGAUUACGCCGCGCUCGCGGACAUCGAGGCCUUCUUCCAGUCGCCCAAGUGCAUGGAGUACGCCAUGAUGGACCCAUGCAGCACGUUCUUCGCGCCGCCCCCCAUGGCGAUGGACGCGGCCGCCGAGUGGGAGGAGGAAGGUGGGAUCGACCUCUGGAGCUUCUCCUCCAUCAACUGAUGAGCUCCAUGAAACAUCAGCUCGAUCGGCGGUCAAGUCUCAAGUGAUCAUCCAUUCAUCAACUCAACACUGACUGAAUUAAUUCCUACAUAAAUGUAGUUAAUUAUUGUACUACUAGUACUAGGCUAAGAUAAUUGUGCAAUGUGGGGGAACUCUCAUGGAGCUACAUGUUUUAAGGCAGCUUUCCAUGCAGCCAACUUCUCUCAGUUGCAUGCUAUACACUACUCCUACAGAGGAACCGGUUCCUAUAUACUAUGUGUAUAAGUUUUUUUUAACGUAAUGUGCAGAACCUGUUUCUGCAAGUGCAAGUAAUGAAUUAUGAUGUACCCCUACUUGUGUCCAAAGCAUAGUCCCUUUAUUACUUCAGUUAUUGGA